AUGGGGGAUGCUCGGACCCGGAGCCGCGAAGUCACCGGCGUCCCGGUCCCCCAAAGCGGGAACCAGCUCGGAUGCUUCGACCUCUUCUGCGAAGGUGACCCCACCACCCUUGAGGAGAACUACCAGAUGGUGUGGAAAGGCGAGGGGCAGGGCUCCUAUGCUGCCACCUCCUACAAGGAAUUCGAAAAGGGUGGCUGGGAGAAAGAGGUCGUCAGUCGACGAUACUUCGUUUAUCGCCCACGCCAGUGCUGCCUCUGCUUGCUGGCGCUGCUGCUUUUGUCGGCGCUUGGUUACUCUUUGUACUACCUCCUGCACAUGCGCCAUGCAGUGGCAGCAGACGAUUUGAGCAGUGGUUCUGCGCAAGAUGAGAUAGACUGCGACACCGGAUAUUUGAAUUUUGAGGAGCAAUGGGACGAAGACAAGAAGGCCAUUUGUUGUGACCUGUACGGUCGAGCAUGCUCUCACGUAUCUCACGUAGGUUACCAUCCGAAAGUCGUUUACCAUCCGCGGCAGUACAAUUGCCAUGCCGGUUUCUCGAACUGGUAUUUCGGUUGGUCACAAGACAAGAAGGCAUACUGCUGCCAUUUCGAGUCUCGCGGCUGCCCCGGCACCUGGCAUGGCAGCUACCACCUGGACACUCACAUAGGGCGCCACGUUGGCCACGCGCACGAGCAUCACGAGCACAUCUAUGACUGCGAUGCCGGCUUCUCCAACUGGAUGCAAGGGUGGUCGGACUCCAAAAAGGAUUGGUGCUGCUCACACGAGCAGAAGGGCUGCGUCAAGUACCACUGCACCGGCGAUGAUGAGGAUUCCUGGACCGAUGACAAGUCAGACUGGUGCUGUGCUCACUUUCAGAAGGGCUGCCCACAAACGACGCUUUCGCCAAUGAAGUGCGAGACUCCGUGCACACUCAAAGGAAGAACGUCGUCCUGCCUCGACCGCAUCAAGUGGACCGCAGACAACGUUUUUGAUUCCCAUGACAACAAGUGCGCGCUGGCCUAUAGCAAGGUGCAAGUAGAGUGCGACGUGUGUCGCUCUUGUUCUGUCGAGGAGGCAGGCUGUGAAGUGCACAUGUCGGGCUCACUACCCUUCGACUGCAAUGCGGCCCUCAACAACUUCUACAGGGCUUGGGCCCCAGCGAAGAAGCACUGGUGCUGCACCAAGCAGGGAAAGGGCUGCGAGGGCCACCACCCGCCUUCCGUCGAUGCCGGCUACGGCAUGGUCUGGAAGCACGUGCAGAUGAACGGCUACUGGACAUGGAUGGCCGUUCACGGCCACGGGGACAGUCACGCCAGCCUGCCCUAUGACUGCAAUGCCGGCCUGGCCAACUGGCACACCGGCUGGUCCGGGGGCAAGAAGGCAUGGUGCUGUCUCCACCAACACGUCGGCUGCGAAGGAGGAGCCCAGACCGUCCAUGUCGUUCACCAUGUGUACCACGGCGGAGCACACUAUAGCCAUGGGCGGUGA